CACCGGGGUGUGGCAUGCCGACGACGGCCUCGAAUAAAAACCCUCCCGGACUUCCUGGAAACACUCUAGUGGAAGGAAGCGUGAGACCACAUCGCACCAUGCCGGAUUGGAAGAAGAGAUGUGAGGCUGAGUGGAGCCUGCAGGGCGCGCCGAUGCCCGACAGCCUGGACUGGAAGUCCGUCUAUGACGCCAAACCGCUGGGGAGAAAUAUGCUAAAGAACCCGUCGCCUAACGGCGUCAGCAAGGACACCUCUCCGCCUGAACCCGACCUGCCUGAAGAGCCAGAUCGUGGACCUCCACGGUCCCAACCUCACGGCGAGUUCAGCGGCUGGACCACGAGCAUCGAAACCCUGCCCUAUGACUCCAGUGGCAUCCCAGCGGGGGCCAUGAUCUGCGAGUUGCCUCUCUACAGCUGGUUCACCAUGGAGCAGGUUGUGGACCUGAAGGCCGAGGGACUGUGGGAAGAGCUGCUGGACGACUUUCAGCCGGAGAUAGUCAUCCAGGACUGGUACGAGGAGAGUCAGCUGCAUAACUCCAUCUACCAGCUGCACGUGAAGUUACUGGGUGCAGACAGAAGCUCCGUGAUCUCAGAGCACACCUCCAAGCCCACGGAGGACUGCGGCGCUUACUCGCACACCUGGAAGGAGGUGUCCCACGUGUUCUCCGGCUAUGGACCAGGGGUGAGAUAUGUCCACUUCCAGCACCGGCUGAAGAACCAGUUCCUAAACGGGUUCUACGGCACGCUGUCCAGCGGCAGCUCGGUGGUGGUCAGACCCACUAGAACCAGCGCCUAGGCCCAAUCCCGAUGUCGACAGAGUUGCUUUCACACUCGAUGUAACCAACCAGAUCAUAGUUUUUUGAGAAACACUGUUUUGUGGCAUAAUAAAAGACAUUGUUCAUGUA